CCGCUUCACUGCAACCGCCUCUCCCGCUCCUGGUUCCACCCAAACAAACAAAGCUCAGUUGGGUAUUUUUCUUUCCUUUCAUAGCGCUACCAACAUCCUCCAGAAGGUGUCCGUACGUUCGCGGCUUUGUGUUUUAAAAUAAUGAAAUUAUUCUAAAACCACAAACCAUGUUCUCAGGUUCUGUAUGACACACUGCUCGGCUGAACAACUUGUGUACAAUUUGACAGCCGUGUUGCACAACAGUGUGGCUGAAGCUGCCUGUAUCUGUGCACGGGCAAGAGCCGGCUGAGCGGAGCCUGGCAGAAAUGACCAUGAGCGCUGUAAAACGGGUGUGGUAGCCACGGUUAACGAUCCGGAUUGAUCAUCCACAACAAGAGUGUACUGCUGAGACCUGAGGAACACAAUAAAACAAAAAGAACAUCCACCUGCCUGACUGUACCAAGUAAAUAAGUGAAAUUUUUACUGCUUCCAAACCUGUUUAAUAUGACUGCGAUGCGUGUGGAUGCUAAAGUGGUGAUGCUGGGAAAGGAGAGUGUGGGGAAGACCAGCCUGGUGGAGAGAUAUGUUCACCACCGCUUUUUAGUCGGCCCAUACCAGAACACUAUCGGUGCAGCAUUUGUUGCCAAACCGAUUCAGGUUGGAGAGAAAGUGGUUACGCUGGGGAUAUGGGACACAGCUGGAUCAGAGAGAUAUGAAGCCAUGAGCAGAAUUUAUUACAGAGGAGCGCGUGCUGCAGUAGUGUGCUAUGAUAUGACAGACAGCAGCAGCUUCCAGAGAGCUCGGUUCUGGGUAAAAGAGCUGCAAAACUGUGAAGAGCAUUGUAAGAUUUACCUGUGUGGCACGAAGAGUGAUCUGAUCGAAGGAGAUCGAAGUUUGCGUCAAAUCGACUACCAUGAUGCUCAGGACUUUGCUGAAGAGAUCGGUGCUCAGCAUUUUGAGACCUCUAGUAAAACAGGAAAGAAUGUGGAUGAGUUAUUCCAGAAAGUUGCUGAUGACUACAGCAGUGCAGCCUUUCAGUAUAUGACAGAAGAGACUGGUGUGGACCUGGGCCAGAAGAAAGACUCUUAUUUCUAUAGCUGCUGUCACAACAACUGAUGCUGGAGCAACACACACAGGAGUUUGAACUGAGUGCGAGUGUGUCGGACACCUCAGUUUUGGAUGUGUUAUUCACACCACAGAAGAAGGCAACCAAAAGUUCUCUUUAAACUGAAUUUAUUGAGAUGUGAUUAUUUAUUUUGUGCCAUAACGAACAAACGGCUUCAAGACAAGGAAGGAGAUUUGCUUUGGCUUCAACAGUUACUGGUGGAGAUUUAAAUGGAAAUGGAAAAUCUGCCUCCCCAGAUGUGUCAUACACUUGAUCCCUACCAAAUCAGUCACGUGUAAUGGUAAGGGAAGAAAUGUUGACUGAAAAGGCGAAACAUAAUCUGUUGAACAAAGUUUUGCACAGAAAACCCCAAUGAUGCUGUUUUUUUAUGUUGGUGAAUGUUCAUUUGUUUAGUUUAAACAACCUUGUUGUGGAAACAUCUUCAAUGACGCCUACUGUACAAGAAUGGAGUCAAGACCAGGACAUGUGUUUUCAACACUGGCUGUUAAAGUGAACGCUAAUGUAGUGAUAACAAAUCAGAUUCAGGACAAGGUUGACUUUUACUGGUCUUUAUACCACUAUGGAAAUGACAGGAUCAUGCAUGUGUCCAAAAUUAACUCUCCAAAAAAAAUUGUAAUUGCUGUGCUGGUUUUUAGAAGUGACUCUUUAUGACAGGAUGUCAAUGGGAAAAUGCCGCUACUUCUUAAUUGAUAUACAAAAUAAAUAAACUGAACAGUUUACUGUA